GACAAUAAAUAGAUCGCUAUUAAGACCUGCAAUAAGUGCACCCCCACAUCAGAGAAAAGAAGUAAUCAAUAGUGCGGCAAUGUUAUUGGGCAUCGUCUGAUCUCUCUCGUACCAACCAUGUCGCCGAUCACUCGCUAACCUGCGCAGAGACCGAUUGGUUUAGGUUUUUAGGGUUUACGUUUCUUCUAUAAUUGCGAUGGCUGCUCCACCAGCGAGGGCUCGUGCGGAUUACGAUUACCUAAUAAAGCUCCUCCUCAUUGGCGACAGCGGCGUGGGAAAGAGUUGCCUGCUUUUGCGGUUCUCAGAUGGUUCCUUCACGACAAGUUUUAUUACCACCAUUGGCAUUGAUUUCAAGAUAAGAACCAUUGAGCUUGACGGCAAACGGAUUAAAUUGCAAAUUUGGGAUACAGCUGGUCAGGAGCGGUUUCGGACUAUCACAACAGCAUACUACCGAGGCGCCAUGGGUAUCUUGCUGGUAUAUGAUGUGACAGACGAGUCAUCUUUCAACAACAUUAAGAAUUGGAUUCGCAACAUUGAACAACAUGCCUCCGAUAAUGUCAACAAGAUACUGGUGGGUAACAAGGCUGACAUGGAUGAAAGUAAAAGGGCUGUUCCUACCUCCAAGGGUCAAGCUUUGGCUGAUGAGUAUGGUAUUAAGUUCUUUGAAACAAGUGCAAAGACAAAUAUGAACGUGGAGGAGGUCUUCUUUUCAAUAGCGAGAGAUAUAAAGAAAAGGCUUGCAGAAACUGAUUCCAAGGCUGAGCCUCAGACGAUUACGAUCAACAAACUAGAUCAGGCGGCUAGCAGUAGUCAAGCACCCGCAAAAUCUGCUUGCUGUGGUUAAGUAAUGGGCAUCAAAAUAUAAGGAGAGGGGAGGGUUCUGCAAGUGGCACUCUUGAGGGUGCAAAACUAAUUGGUGGCGACAAAAAGGUCGUCCAUGUAUUUAUUGCCUACAUUUUUAUUUUAUAUGACAGACUUCUAACUUUGAUCUUUUGAGAGGUUGUUCUUUUGCUUGGUUUGUGGAAUUUAUUAGAUGAGUAUUCUUUCUAUGAUGUUUUUUGUUAUUAUUAUUUAUUUAUUUUCUUUUCUUUUUGUAAAGUAAA